CAAACGUAGAAAAUGUCGAAAAAUGCUGCCUUAGUGCCAAUAAACUCUAAAAAGUUAAUCUUGAUAUCUGGAAAUAACAUUAUCAGCUAUUAACCGUAAAUCUAGCAAAGCUACCAUUUAAACACAUUAUAAAAUUACCAUACCACGAACAUAGGUUUUCCGAUGAUAAAUCGACCUUGAGAUUCAAGGCAAAACAAUAAGCAUUGAAAAUGCGGUGUUGUGUGCCUUUCUGCGAAAAUACUUCGGACAAUGUAUCACCUUCAGAGGCAGAAGGCAAGGAAAUCAGUUUUCAUGUUUUCCCGAGUGAAGUGCAUCUCCGUGCUGCCUGGCUCAGAGCCCUCGGCAGACAAGACAACCUGCCAGACUCUGCUGUGGUCUGCUCACAGCAUUUUCUAAAUGAUGAUGUUUAUGAAACAGAAAGUGGCUCAAGGCAAAUUCGUUCUCAUGCCAUCCCUUCAACAGUGCAGGUUUGCAUGAUAUGCCUAGACACUGACAGCAAGCUGAUACUAAUGAGUGAAUAUGCAUUGGAAGAAUCAUAUGAAAAGUUAACUGGAGAGCCUUUGUGUGAUCAAGGAAACCUAAAACCAACACUUUGCGUACAAUGUGCUCAGAGAUUGAUAAACUUCAGUAGAUUUAGAGACAUGAGCUUGAGAGCCCGUGCACUGAUGAUGGACUUAGUUCAAAAACAUGGAUUAAUUACAGGACAACAUAUAAAACUGAUAAACCGCACAAAACACCAACUAAAGAGUAAUAUGGUGUUCACAACGCUAGGGCCUGACCACUGUGACUUGCACAUACUAGAACACCCCUCAGAAGACAACCAGGAAGAAUUAGAGGAAACCAGAUUGGAAAGUAUCAUGAAAAUUGAAGGAAAUGAUGAGUCCAUGACGGCUGAUGAAGACAUGGAAAUGGAGAAUGAAGAUGACAAUAAUGUCAGUGAUUUUGUUCGGGACCCAUUAAAGUACGAAAGUGCUCCCUUCCAAUGUACAUUUUGUUGGGAGGAGUUUGUCCAUGAACAUGCGUACAUGCAACAUAUGUGCAUGUAUCUUCAGGACGGUAACGUUGAUGGUGAAUGUGAGACGUCACAAGUAUGCAAGCCUCAUACAGCUGUGAGCUCCAGCUCUGCACACUCUGCACUCAGCUCUGAGAACAAGCAUGCAGGUCCCAGUACUUCCACACAUGCCGCGAUGACCUUAGCUGUUCCCCUGGCCGCGAGUCUUGCAAUAAAUAUCGAGAUGAAAGAGCCAUCAACUGAGCAAGCCGACACAGACGACAGUGGUCGAUACACAACACUAACAGAUUGUUAUGUCAAAUUAUAUGAUAUUUUCCCUAAGAAAGUUGUCCCAAGACGGGAUGGGUCACUGACGAAGACACAAAAACAAUCUGUUAGAUCUUGUCUCAGUCAGAACAUUGCCUCUAAAGAUAGCAGUUAUCAGACGACAAGUCAGAAUGAAGUCCUUUUAGCAGAAUGCAUUGAACCAAUCACCCCUGAAGAGAAAGUUACUGAAUCAAAAACUGUGUACAUUUGCGACUUUUGUCAAAAAAUGUUUAAACAAAAACAAAACCUAGCAAGACAUAUUCAAACUCAUUCGUUAGUACGUCAAUUUACUUGCAAUAUUUGCCAUUACAAAUUUAAAUUUAAAGAUUAUUUAAAGGUGCACAUGAGAACUCACACUGGUGAGAGACCAUAUCCGUGUAAGUUAUGCGAGAGAAAGUUUUUAUCAAAUAAUGAUUUAGUGAGGCACAUGAGAACUCACACUGGUGAAAAGCCAUAUCAUUGUAAGUUGUGCAAAUAUAAAUGCGCCCGAAGUAGUCAUUUAGUGGAGCACAUGAGAACUCACACUGGUGAAAAGCCAUAUCAUUGUAAGUUAUGCAAAUAUAAAUUCGCCCAAAGUGGUCAAUUGGGGAGGCACAUGAGAACUCACACUGGUGAGAAACCAUAUCCGUGUAAGUUAUGCGAGAGUAAGUUUUUAUCAAAUAGUGACUUAGUAAGGCACAUGAGAACUCACACUGGUGAAAAGCCAUAUCAUUGUAAGUUAUGCGAAUAUAAAUUCGCCCUAAGUGGUCAAUUAGUGAGGCACAUGAGAACUCACACUGGUGAAAAGUGAAAUUGUGAAUAUUGAAUAUACGUGACAAAACACUUUAUUAUUAAAUACAAUGUUUCGUCAAAACGCAACUAUGUGUUUUUGUCGCCCGCUAUCUAUACGUGCAGUGUUAUAAACUCAUGACAAUUGCCACGAAAAAGCUAAAUGCUUGGUACUAAACAACUUGUGUAAAAAGACAAGCCGUAAAAUCAUUGGGAAUGCCGUUAAUCAAGGAUAAGAAAUACGCUGUCGACAACGCACGACCACGGCGUUUGUAUUGAAUCUUACUCAAGACGAUGAUAGCACUGAGCACCUAUAUUGUUUCUCUCUUUUUAGUUUAUUUUACUUGUACCAAGUCGGGUUCAAGUUGUCUCAUUUUGCCCGUAACACAGGUUUUCCUAGUACGGGUGCCAAAGCACUCCAUCUGGCACUACUUGGUAAUUUUUAUGGAAGCAAAGUAGGUAGAUAUGAUACCUACCUGGUUCGCGCGCAAGAAGUCAAGUCUCAGGACUGGUGAUAAGCAUGCAUUUUUAGGAACUAGUUACAAUCAAAGUAUGUUUAGAUGUGUCAUAUUUGUUUUGUUAAUGUUUGUAACCCAAAUAUUAAAUAUAUUAAAUAUUAAAUUUUUU